CUUAUCUAGGUGUGUCUUCAUUUGGGCAAAAGCGCGUUCAGUUGUAUGUUUACUCGUGUUUGGACCCGCAUCACCUCCAUUGGCCGCUCUGGUCACAUGGUUCGCUAACUUUAUUCAGUUGACACCAAGUAGGAGGGCUCUAUGGAGGAGAGGAAAAAAAGACAACUCGAGAAAAAUUAGUAUUUUCUACCUUCAGAAAUUAAUGGCCAUGAGUUCGUAUAUGGUGAACUCUAAGUAUGUGGAUCCCAAAUUUCCUCCCUGCGAGGAAUACUCGCAGAAUAACUAUAUACCUGAGCAGGGCUCGGACUUCUACAGCCCGGCGCAGGACGCGGACUUCCAACACCCAGGGAUCCUCUACCCGCGGUCAAACUACACAGAGCAGCCGUUUAGCUGCAGCACUGUGCCGGACUCUGCGGUGCAGCCACGGGGUCACGCCGGCCACACUGCCCACUUUGACGCACAGACUGAGCAGGGCCCCCCGGUCCAAACGGCCGGAGCUCGGACGUGUGGCCAGCAGCAAAACGCAAAGAGUCAAAAUGGGCUUCAAGCCAAGCAACCUGCAGUAGUUUACCCCUGGAUGAAGAAAGUUCACGUAACUACCGUGAACCCGGACUACACGGGAUCAGAGCCCAAGCGCUCGAGAACCGCAUAUACCCGGCAGCAGGUCCUGGAGCUGGAGAAGGAGUUCCACUUCAACCGGUACCUGACCAGGCGGCGGCGGAUCGAGAUCGCCCACACACUCUGUCUGUCCGAGAGGCAGAUCAAAAUCUGGUUCCAGAACAGGAGGAUGAAGUGGAAGAAGGACCACAAGCUGCCCAACACCAAAGGCAGAUCGGCGCCGGCCUCCGGCCAUCUGCAGAACAUUCAGAAGGAUAACCAGACUGAUAUAACAGCGCUAUAAAGGACAGAGGAAGGGGAUUCAGGACGAAUAUUUGUACAUAAACGAAGACAAAGGCUGCAUUUUGACUUCUGCAUGGACUGAUGUCGUUUGAGCAUUAUUUUUUAAUUUAACAAAAAAAUAUCCCAGCAAUUUCGACUCAAGACUGUGUCAGAAAAUCAAUCAUUUUGUAUUACUGAAAGGUCUCAACAUUCUUUUUUUGGGGGGGGAUUUUAUUUUUUUUUUUAAAUUUUACUUCAUUGAUUCCCUGAUUAUCUGGCCAACUUUUAUAUAAAACCCGUUCAAAUUCACAAAUUUAAACCUUUUUUCCCUCUCACGUCAAUUUUACUUU